CGCAUGGAGUCGCGAGAUGCCCCAUCUAUACAUGCUACUAAGAGCAGUAUUCAGUGAUGAUUUCUCUCAAACGCCAACAGACCAGCAUUGAGUCUGAUGGUCGCGGACAGAAGAGAGCUUGCAGCAACCGGUUUCCCUCGAACCUUGUUCAAGAAGAACAGGCGACUGGGUUUCAGAAUUCGACGACCCCCUCCAUGCAAGCACUAUUUGUGGUGCCAAAGCGUUGCAUUCACAAGAUUGUGACCGCUUGCAAUCUGGCACAGGCCACAUGUUGUGCGUGCUUGGAUGCGCGCCCUGAUGGCUUUCAACUUUCUGCGCUACAUGGACGGACACGCCUGGGGGUUGGCAGUACUACUGUUCUGACUGUCAAGGUGCGGCAACGACUUGCUCUUCUCGUGGUCUUUACUGAUCCUCGCCGAGAAUAUUGGGACGCCCAAGAUAACCUGGGUCGUCGUCAUCGACGACCACCAGGUGUGCUCGGAGCCAAGGAGGACGUGCUGGAUGUAAUUAGAGUCAGCUAUGGGGUUGGGGAUAUCGACAUAACCCGUUCCAUGGAUUUGAUAUGGGACGGCUUGAAGGCUGAAGUAGCACGACUAAUGCGGUGCCAUCCAAGCCAGCUCAUCGUGAGCGAUAUCGCUGUAUACAAGGGAAGAGUGGUGCCUCAGAUGUCGGACGACAACGCCCUGACAUUGGCUACGCAUAUAAGGUUCAGGUGUGUCACCCAUGUGGAGCCCGAAGACGACGAAAUGGGGGAUGUGCAGUACGACUGAACAUAACAUUGCGACUCGACGGUGCGUUCGUCUGUGGAGGUCGUCCGUUGAAUCGUCACUUGUGUUCUGAUCAGCAGCAUCGCAUGACCAGACCAAGACUCAAAAUGCAACAAGUCCUUCCAAGAUGCCAAACUUGCUUCGAAGCGGAUUGCAAAAGUGCAUGCACGAGGCAAGUUUAUCAUGAUUACCAGGGUCUGGUGUCAGCCAACCGAAACGUGAAUUUGCCGAAGUUGCA